GUUAAAUGGGAGAGACCACACCUCUACCACAUUGUCUCGAAAUAGCCCCAGCUCUUCAAGUAGCCUUUUUCUGACAUUACAGAGUUUCCACAGCAUCAGAGGAUCUUAUUGUUCAAAGAAGAAGGGUACGCUAAAUGUACUGUAGCAUGCAACAGGCAGUCAUCAAGUGGAAAACAUGAUAAAAAGGAGAACUGGUAAGGAAGGUUGUCAUGAGUCAUCAGCAACUUAAAGCUGUUUUAAUAUAUACAUCAAUUAAAACAAUAUUGUUUGUAUUAUAUUUUAACUGCAAUAUAAACGAGUCUUUUUUGUCAUUUCUAAUUUUAUUUUAUUGUAAUCUGUCUGGGAGGGGAAAGUGAUUUUUAUUUAUUUUUUAAAGAGCCCUCAUUUAUCUUAUGUAAGUGUAACUAAUGUAGUGUCCGGUCCGAGACUUGUUUGUUUUUCCAACAGAUCACGCUGCCAUGAUGAGUUCAGGGGUCAAAGUCGGGCGCGGGAGAGUCCAGCACUCCGCCCAUUUCCAAGCGCCGCUGUGAGCCAACGACAGCACAAAAGCACAAGUCUCUCCCUUCAUCUUGAGUGCAAAGCUGUCUCUACCGUUGGAGAUCCCAGCUGCCUUAUUCGGGAGUUUUUUUUUUUAAUUCUUUGAAGCGAUUUGCCUCUGAAGCUUGCUACUGACGUUUGCAAAGGCUUCAUCAUGCCUCGUCGUGUGGCUGUGAUUGGAGGAGGAAGCUCUGGCCUGGCCUGCAUCAAGUGUUGCCUGGACGAAGGUCUUGAGCCCGUCUGUUUCGAGAGCAGCGAUGAUAUCGGGGGACUGUGGAGAUUCAAGGAGAACCCCGAGCCGGACCGGGCCAGCAUCUACCACUCUGUCAUCAUCAAUACUUCCAAGGAGAUGAUGUGCUUCAGCGACUUCCCCAUCCCGGCCCACUUCCCCAACUACAUGCACAACACGCUCAUCAUGGAUUAUUUCCGCAUGUACGCCGACCAUUUCAACCUUCGCAAGCACAUACGCUUCAACACCAAAGUCUUACGGGUGAAGCAAAGGCCAGAUUUUUCCCGUUCUGGCCAAUGGGACGUGGAGACGGAGAACCAGGAAGGCAAAAAAAGUAAACACAUCUUUGAUGCUGUGAUGGUGUGCAUUGGACACCAUUGUCAUCCCAACCUGCCUCUCCAGGAUUUCCCAGGCUUGGAUACGUUCCCGGGAAGAUACUUCCACAGUCGUGACUAUAAGACCCCCGAGGAAUGGCGGAACAAGAAGGUGGUAGUGGUUGGCAUCGGGAACUCGGGAGGCGACAUAGCUGUGGAGCUCAGCAGGGUCACCAAGCAGCUUUACUUGAGCACCCGGAGGGGAGCUUGGGUUCUGAAUAGAGUCGGGCACAACGGCGUGCCCCUGGAUUUGGCCAUCAACAGGGCGAUUUUGCUGAUCCGGAACCUGCUUCCCUUUGGACUGGCCUGCAGCCUAGGAGAGAAGCGACUCAACCAGAGGUUUAAUCACAGCUUGUACAGCUUAAAGCCCAAGCACAGGCUGUUCAGCCAGCAUCCCACCGUGAACGACGAGCUCCCCAACCGCAUCCUGUCGGGGACGGUGCAAGUGAAGCCCAACAUUUGCCGAUUUGAAGGCUCCACGGUGGAGUUUGACGACGGUAGCGUGGUGGAGGACGUUGACCUGGUGGUUUUUGCCACCGGCUACAAGUUUUCUUUCCCCUUCCUGGCCCCGCACGUGACCACCGUGUCGGACAACAAGGCGGCUUUAUACAAGUACGUGUUCCCCCCGGAGCUGGAGCGCCAUACCUUGGCCGUCAUUGGACUGGUGCAGCCACUGGGGGCCAUCAUGCCCAUCUCUGAGAUGCAGGCCAGGUGGGCCACCAGGGUCUUCAAAGGUUGCAUCAAGCUCCCUCUAGUGGCUGACAUGCUGGAUGACAUCAAAUGUAAGCAGGAAACCAUGGCUGACAGGUACGUGUGCAGUCAAAGACACACCAUCCAAGUGGACUAUACGAGCUACAUGGAUGAAAUAGCCGCACUGGUGGGCGUGUGGCCCAAUAUCCCUCGACUGAUGCUGACCGACCCGAAGCUUGGCCUCAGCUUGCUCUUCGGCCCCGUCAGCCCGUUACAGUACCGUCUACGAGGGCCUGGCAAAUGGGCCGGAGCCCGUCAGGCUAUACUGACACAGUGGGAUCGGGUAGCCAAGCCCAUGCAGACCAGACCGAGCGACCAACCCAAAUCCCAAAGCUCUCUGAAGUGGCCUCUCGUUGUGUUGUCGGCCAUGGGCCUGGCCGUGUAUGUGAAUAGACGCAACCUGGCUGCUUUACUACAAGACCCUGCUGGGUUUAUGGACUGGGUCAAGGUGCACCUGCCCACACUGGGCCACUGAAAUGAAUAUGCAUGAUGACACACAUUUAAAUCAUAAAAUUAAUGCACCAGGUAAAAUAGUAGAUCAUUGUUCGAUAAGACCUGUUUUAUUGUAGUAAAAUCAUAUCUACUGUGUUCUUUAUGAGAUUAUGCACGUGCAUAUGUUGAUGUUAUGACCACUAAUUUAUAUAAUUGCACCACAGGAGGGAACCAAUGUGCACCAGGAGUCACCAAAUAUAAUUGUGAAAAGGCAGCUAAUUAUAAUAAUCUGAAUUCCAGGUUACUAUGGUAAUAAAGUCAUAAAAUAAAUCUUA